UUGGAGGCAGCGAAGAGCGCACUACAUCUCCCAGAAGCCCCCGACAAACUUCGCCUCUUUAAAAAAAAGUUUUGGGAAAGAAUCCCUGGAAUUCGUUUCCUGUGAAAUUCCUGGCAAAGCCAUGGAGGAGGCUGCGGCCGCGACACAGCGCACUCGUCAAGUAGCGAGCGGGCAUGGGGAGACAGCGGGGCUCAGGGUGACUCUCUGAGGCUCCAGGCGGCGCCAUGGCAGAGCCUCUCCUGCGGAGGACCCUCUCGAGGCUGCGGGGUAAAGAGAAGUGCCGGAGGAAGACGGAGCCCAAGGCAGGAGAAGCGGUGGCAAAAUCCGAAGCCGACGGUGGCAGUCUGGAGGAGGGCAUGUGCAAGAGGGGAACUCCCAUCACCGUGUCCAAGAAGCAGAACUGGGCCCGUCUCUCUCCAGCCUGCAGCAUCCCCAGCGCUACCUGCCUGUCGGGAUCGGGUUCAAGGACAUCCGAGUGGGACUGCUACUACGAAAAAGGACCCCAGUGUGACUCGGCUGGCGGGAACAUGGAUUCAAAUCCAGGAUCGGGAAAGACUUCGGCUGUAAACGCAGGUGGUGGCCAGCAGGAGAAGAGCCCUUCAGUCCCCGGCAUUCCGGAACUGUACCGGCCGGCUGUGGGAUUCUCGGACUCUGCGGCAUCGCUAUGUGGGAACAAGAUAACUGGCCAGGGGGCCUACUUGCAGAGCUUGGAUAGAAGCAGCCGAGCUUGGGUGCUGUCCUCGGGAAAGCCGGAAGAAACCGCCCGACAUCCUGUCGGCUCUGCGUCUGAUGGCAGGCAGAGAGCAGAUGGUGAGAGCAAGGGAGACAUUUGGUACAACCCCAUCCCGGAAGAGGAAGGUCCUCACUUACAGAGGUCCACCAGGGAGUAUGGGGAUCCCUGGAAACUACGAGAAGGGGAAGACCUCCCCGAGCUACCGCGACCUCCCGAAAGUCACAGAGCUGCCAAAUAUUCCAGAGCACAUGGAAACAACGCACUUUGUGCUGACCUUCAUCCAACUGCUGAUUCCUCACCAGCAGCAACCAGCAUUGAGCCCUCAGGUCCCGAGGCCACAGGAGCCAGGAGGAGCGAGAGUUCAGACGCCGUGGCUCAAGGCGCCACUUCUACCACCGUGUCCUCCGACAGCCCAGGUGCUCAGAAGAAAACGGGCAUGAUGGACCGCAUCAAGUCACCCGGAACAGUCCGUCGGCUCUCCUUGAAAAUGAAGAAGCUACCCGAGCUGCGCAGGAGGCUCAGUUUACGCUCCUCCAGGACACGGCAAGGCGCCGACACUGGGGAUGGCACAUCACCGACAAACGCACGCAAAGAGUCUGGAAAUGUCAUCAGCCGCUACCAUCUGGAUACCAGCGUCUCGGCCCGGGAUCGACCUCACCGGCACAGGGGCUCCUCCAGAAGAGGCAAAUCUGCUGGGAAAGGUGGCUACCUGAGCGACGGGGACUCUCCAGAACUCUUAACGAAACAUGGUGGGGACGGCGGCAGCACGGAGCAGAAUGCCACCAGUAAACCUGACCCAGCCGCGUUCAGGCCAUACAGCCUGGCCGAUCAGCCGCGCUGUGCCCAGCGGGUGUCUGGCCUCAUAAACGUCCAUCUCUUUGGUGUGGAGGAGGUCAAGUCUCCCCGGGUGGACUCCAAGGAGGUGUUCUGUGCCAUCCAGGUGGAUGGGGUGACCAGGGCACGCACCGCCCUUCUGACUUGCAGGGGCUCAUUCCUCAGUCUCAACCACACGUUCAACCUGGAGUUGGAGAACGCCCAGCUCCUCAAGUUGGUGGUCUUCUCCUGGGACUCCAGCUCCAGUCGUAAUCGAGUCUGCUGCCUGGGGGCUGUGACGAUCCCCCCACUUUUCCGAGGGUCACGCUCGCAGCAGCUGGCAGUGAAGCUGGAACCUCGCGGGCUCCUCUACGUGAAAAUGACCCUGGUAGAACAGUGGGACGCGCCAGCCAGGGUGAGCAACCAGGAGCCCCGUGUCUUUGGGGUGGAGCUGCAGCAGCUGGUGGAGAAAGAGGCCAGCAGGAUCAAGGUGCCCCUACUAAUACAGAAGAGCGUGGCAGAGAUCGAGAAACGGGGACUCAAGGUGGUGGGUUUGUACCGACUGUGCGGCUCGGCAGCCGUCAAGAAGGAGCUGCGGGACGCGUUUGAGAGGGACAGCGCGGCCGUCACCCUCUCAGAAGAGCUGUACCCCGAUAUCAACGUGGUGACAGGCAUCCUGAAGGAUUACCUCCGGGAGCUGCCGUCUCCACUCAUCACCAGGACUCUGUAUGAGGUGGUCCUGGACGCCAUGAACAAGCGGCCCCUGAGGAGCAACUCCAGCAUGCGAGACCCCCAGCGCUCCGCACAAACCGUCCAGCUGCUCAACUGCCUGCCUGACCCAGAAAAAGCCACACUGACCAUGCUGCUGGAUCACCUAAGCCUGGUAGCUUCAUACAGUGAUGCCAACAGGAUGACCUCUCAGAACCUGGCGGUGUGCUUUGGGCCAGUCCUGCUCACUCCAGGGCAGGAGCCGGGAGUCCGAAGCUUUGCCCACUGUGAGGAGAUCGCCAGUGCAGUGGACUUCAAGCGGCACAUCGAAGCCCUGCAUUACAUGCUGCAGCUCUGGCCACUUCCUCGAAGUUCCCACCUGGUCCCCCGGGCAGAGUCCCCACGCCGUCUUCAGAGGCCGGUGCUGCAUCUUGACCUGUCAAAGGCCCCAGUGGUGUCCCGGAGAGGAAAGGGUCGCGUCGAAAGCCCACCUUGUAACCGCUACGCUGGCGACUGGAGCGUCUGUGGGAGGGACAUCUUGGCCAGGCCCGAGGUGGACUACGACGAGGUGGCAGGAACCGACAGUGAUGAGGAGGAGGGGAGGAAGAGCGGCCGCCCUGCACAGCCGAGCCUGUGGAGCCCACCGGCCACCCUCUAUGUGGAUGACUUCCCUCUGGACCCCAAAGAUGUGGACAUUGAGGCCCCGUUCACCACCAGGCUGAGCCUGAAAGACUUCGACAAGCUGAUCUCUGACCUCGAACGGGAGCUUGGCAAGCAGAUCAACAUCUGCCUAUGAGGCUGGACUGACGUCAGCUGUUCUAGUGCCAAAUGAGCAUGACCAGUGUGGCAGAACUAGAAGAUGAAGAACCCAAUGCAAUGGAGACCACAGGUCGGCCUCACGCUGCCUCUGCAAUGUGCAUUCCUGUUAACUGGGCACCCGACUCUUGUGGCGUAACAUAUAGGGGGGCACCUGCCAUUUAGGAGAGCCCAGGGUCAGAGUAUUCUGGAUGGAAGCCAUAGGCCUACAGAGAAGGGAUAGAAGUGAGCGUUCUUGAUCGGGACCACCCACCACUGUGUGUCACUGACCGCAGCAGACCCCAAUAGAGCACCUUUUACACCACCUCGGACUUACAGACUUGGGGAUGCAGACUGGGGGUCUUAUGCCCAAAACUCCAGGUGGGCCCUCCACUGAAAUCUGCCAAGCAGCAGUCUGGCAUCUGUGUGAGGUUAACCAGAGCCAGGUGGGCUAAAUUAAACAAAGAGCCCCCAUUGAUCAGACCUUCCAGGGUCCUCUUAGGACAACGUGACCCCCCCGCCCCCCAACAUAGCCAUCCAAAGCUGCCCGGCACUUUGGGUCAAUUCUGCUAAGUCAGGACGCUCACAAGAAGACGGCAGGCUGCUCCUGGCCAGUGUCCACCCGCCAUUCUUUAUGAUAACGGCCGUGUUCUAAUUCGAUAAAAUGAAUUAGUGAGACGGCGGCAUUAAAAUUUGUGAGCCGCGAUCUUCGCCGCGCUGCGGUUUGCUACAAAUCUCCCUUAAUGAGAUUACUUGAAAAGAAGGCAAAGAGGAGCUGGGCAUCCGGACAGCUGGUGAUGUAUAGUCCAGGCGCCAGGCAGAUGAGAGAGUGGCGUGGGGGCGGCAGCUCCAGUCAGAAUGAGAACAUCAGCGCCCUCUGGUGCUGUCGGGUGGUGGAGGUGACCUGUACCCGUACGUGGUGGCAUGGUGGGCUGCUAUAAAAUGCGGGUCCCGCUGCACGCGCCUUUCCAGCAGCCAGCAGUUGAGUUUCUGGCCUUGCUGGUCUCCGUCCAGACAGCAGCUGAGUCACAGUUGUGCCCUAAAGGCUUCAGUCCGCCAGCCACUCAUUAAAAGACCAAAACCGACCAAUCACGGUGCAGUCUCCUGCAGGAAAGCUGAGACUGGCCAAUUAGAUUUGAGCCUCUUAACAGUGGGGGUGUGAAGGACAGUGCAGAAUAGCCCCCGAGCCCUGGAGACCACCCGUCCCACUUUUGUGCAUUUGAGUGGGAUGCUGCCCCCUAGAGGCGAGUCUGUUCUUCUUUAGCUCUCCAAAUGUAUGUUCCUCUCCUGACUCCACCCCCCGACUCCACCCCCUAGGUUGGGUCUUAGCUGAAUAGCAUAAACCACGCCCCCACUCACCCCCGCUGAUUAGAAUAAGCCACACCCCCAUCCCCUCUGCCAUACUCCUGCACAGACUCAAUAUCUUUGCACUUUUUGAACGGAUGCUUCAAUUUUGUAUUUUUGUUUUCUGCACACGGUACAAGUUAAAGAAUUUAUUUAAAUUAUUAUUCUUUUUUAUGAUUUUUGUAUAUUAAUUGUCAACACUCACCUCUAUGUAUACAUGUACAUGUCAGGCCCAAUAAAGAAAUAAUAACUGAGAAAAUGA